AUGGAGAUCAUACAGGUCUGUAUUGCACUAUAUAAAUCUUGGCCUCUCUUCUUCCCUGCUUACUGGGUGUUGACGCAGACCAUCGAGAACGUCCAUGCUGUCUCGGGCGGGACGCCCACAUUGGGCACCCUCAAACUGUCCAACUUCCACAUCAUCUUUUGCGCACCCUUCCCUGUUGCCAAAGAGCCAUCCCAGACCCAGGAAUCCCGGCCGCCCCGACAAAGAGAAUCUUGGAUAACUUAUCCCAUCAUCUCCCACUGUACCUUCCGACCGACGCCUCCGACCAGCGGCAUCCCCUCCACUAUUCGCAUACGGUGUCGUGACUUUAACUUUGUCACGUUCAACUUCACUGACGACAAGCAAGCAAAAGAGGCCUUCGAGUUCAUCCGCAACCGUACUUGUCGCCUAGGCGGCAUCGAUAAACUCUAUGCCUUCCAUUACACGCCUGCAAAGCAAGAGAAGGGUUUCAACGGGUGGGAUCUAUACGACGCAAGGGCAGAGUUCCGCCGUCAAGGCAUCAGUGAGAAGUCGUCAGACAAAGGCUGGAGGAUAUCGACAAUCAACCAGGAUUACGCCUUCUCUCCGACCUAUCCGGCGCUGCUAGCGGUCCCCUCAAAGAUAUCGGAUAAUGUACUCAAGUACGCUGCCAACUUCCGGUCGCGCGCCCGCAUUCCCACGCUCUCCUACUAUCACCCCGUGACCAACUGUACCAUUACCAGGAGCUCCCAGCCUUUUGUAGGCCUGAGGAAUAACAGAAGUAUCCAAGAUGAGCGCUUGGUCGGGGCCUGCUUCUACCCUUCAACAGACUUUAUGAGCAGUCCCGCCAAUGGUCAGACUGAUGGCAGCCCUGCAUCAAGCCAGCAAGACCUAGCAGCCCUGCCACAAGCAGACUCGGAUCUUUCAGAGACCGAGAGAUUGGAAGAGGACAUGCUCACCGCACCCGAGAUCAUCUAUGACGAAGAAACCGGUCAACGGAUAGUCGGUGCUCGGCGCGAUAAUCUCAUUGUCGACGCACGCCCGGCCAUCAACUCGUACGCGAUGCAAGCGAUCGGAUACGGUUCCGAAAAUAUGGAGUACUACAAAUCCGCAAAGAAGGUGUUCCUUAGUAUCGACAACAUCCACGUGAUGAGAGACUCCCUCAACAAGGUGAUAGACGCAAUCAAGGAUGCCGACAUCUCCCCUUUCGCUUGCAACAGAGAACUGCUGGCCAAGAGCGGCUGGCUGAAACACAUUACCGGCAUCUUGGAUGGCUCGCAGAUAAUAGCACGGCAGGUCGGCGUCCACGCCGCCCACGUACUGAUCCAUUGCUCCGAUGGCUGGGACCGAACAAGCCAGCUCAGCGCUCUGUCACAGAUUAUGCUCGACCCCUACUAUCGGACCAUUGACGGGUUCAUCAUUCUCGUGGAGAAAGAUUGGCUGUCGUUUGGUCACAUGUUCCAACAACGCUCCGGCUUCCUGAAUCACGACAAGUGGUUUAUCUCGCAGAGUGAUGCGAUGGCCGGAGCAAGGAUAGAACCCGGGGAAAAUGAUGGACGAAAUGACGCAAUCGAAAAUGCAAUGGCCAGUGCGAAGCGCUUCUUUAGGAGAGGGCAAGAGAAGGAUGAGUCUGAUGCGGACAGUGCGGCGAUAUCAGAUGAGCCAACAGCGAAACAAGCACCAAUUACGGACAAUCAGGCUACUCGCCCAAAGGAAAUAAGCCCAGUGUUUCACCAGUUCCUGGAUGCCACAUAUCAGCUUCUGAGACAGCAUCCCAACCAGUUUGAGUUCAAUGAACGGUUCCUGCGUCGGCUAUUGUAUCACCUCUACUCUUGCCAGUACGGGACCUUUCUCUACAACAAUGAGCGUCAGCGCCGGGAUGCCAAGGUGAAGGAACGGACGUCCUCAGUCUGGGACUACUUCCUGUCCCGCCGCCAGGAGUUCACGAAUCCGGAAUACGACCCGAACAUUGACGAGCACACAAAGGGCAAGGAACGUCUCAUUUUCCCACGGCUCAAAGAAGUCCGUUGGUGGCACCAGGUCUUCAAUCGAACCGACGAGGAUAUGAAUGGGGGCAUCAAUGCGGCCCAGCUUCACGCCGAGAAGAUCGCGACGUAUCAAUCAGCAUCCCCUCUUGCCUUCAGCCCCAAGUCGAACGGCAGCGCUGCGAAUAGUCAGCCCGGUUCGCCGCGAAGAGGCACCAGCCCUCGACCCCCGGGUCUUCCAACGAGCCAGUCCGUUCUUAGCGGUGUCGAGACGGCGCAUGCCAUGCUCACACCAGGAUCAGCCUCGACGCCUUCACUUACUAAGAGUGCCUCAGCGGGUGCUGCUGAUCCCGGAGCUUUCGCAACCCUGCGGGAGGGCAUCGCAGGUCUAGGCAUAGGACAAAAGGUUGGCGGCGUCUUGGGCGGCCGGGGGAAUGCGGCCAGCAAGGAUAAGGACGGUGCCGGGUUUACAUCGCAAGACCAGGAAUUAACGUAG